AAAUCGUUUGGCGAAUUCAUCUUUUAUGAGCUUACUGUUUAUUUGAUGAACCUUUGAACUGCUGUAUCGAAAACAGUUACGGUAAUUUAUAUGUAUUAACUAAGUAGUAGUUAAUAAGAGUCUUUAAUGCCACAAUAUCAUUUAUUGAACGAACACCAGCUGUCUCGGUUGUGUUAAGAAUAAUUAAAAUGUUUCCAUCAACGUUUUCGAUAGCUUUAUUAAUCAUUUGUGCAACAAUAGUUCUCGGCAAAGACUGUAUCUAUGAUCCAUGGGGGGUUUGUAUGUACGACUGCCCACCUAACACAUAUACUUACGCACCCAACUGUGUUCAGGUCGCCAUGAGUAAGCGUACCUGUAGCUCCCCAACGUCGAAGCCCAUGGGAAUAAUAUGUGAUUACUCGCAUUGCGAGUGCCAUGAACCCCUUGUAUGGGAUGAAAGAGCACAAAAAUGCGUCUUGAUUAAAGAUUGUUCUGAUCAAGCUAAUGUGCAAAAUCAAAACAAAGUGUAGAAUAAAUAGUGGUUAUGUAUUUCUUUACAUUUAAUCAUGAUUGGGGAAAUAAAACAAUGUAUAUUUUAAUUUUUUUAUCUUUUAC